UUGCACAGUGUCAAUGCAGGCAGGGGAAUCUUUAAAAUUGGUGUUGGAUGUGGACUAAUGCCAAUGAUGACCGGUGUACUCUCCCAUUUGGCAUAGAUGUUGGAUAUCAAAUGGAUCACGGUAAUGCAACAAAUUACAAAGGCGGCGAGAAAGAAUAAUCUGGACAUAAGAUUGAGGUUAGAAAUGUCAAAAGAAGGAUUUUUCGAAUUUACUUUUCCCAGCCAUUCAAGGAGUUGUCCACCAAAUAUUUCAAGCCAUGCAGCGUUGUCUCCUGGUUUAGCAUUUACUAAAAACUUUGGAUUGGAUGGAACAUAUAUCGAUUUAUAGUUUUAAGCAUGGCCCAUCCACUGCAACAGCAAAAACUCAAAAGAAGGGAGCAAUUGGAAAUCUAUUGUAUGGGUAAUCUCAAGAAAUAUUUACGAGAAACAACAUUACAUGGCCUAAAGUAUUUGGUGGACAAUUCGCUAAACAAUUGGGAGAAAUUUUUCUUCCUCGCCGCCUUUGUCAUCUGUUCCAUUACGGUAGUCAAUUUGAUAUCAAACAUUUAUGCCAAAUGGGAGAGUACACCGGUCAUCAUUGGCAUUAGUCCGCAUCCAACGCCCAUUGUAAAGAUUCCCUUGCCCGCCUUGACUCUGUGCAAUAUGAAUCAGGCCAUGUAUUCUAAGGUUGCCAACUACACCAAAGGCUCCAAAGAAUAUGCUGCACUCCAGUAUCUUUGCUAUUCGGAAAUUAUUCACAAUCGUGAGAUGGAAAAGUCCCCGGAAUUUCAAAACAAUGACAUAAAACCCGCCGAUUUCAUUGUAAAGCAUUCUCAGCCCUGUUCACGAAUGAUUGUGGCCUGCCAACUUAGCUCCGUUGACAUGGACUGCAGUGAAUUGUUUCGCGAAGUCCUCACCGAUGAGGGUCUGUGCUGUUCCUUUAAUGGCUUGCAUCCGAAAUUUCUCUACAAAGGAAAUUAUUACACCCUAAGCAAGCAGGUGCAGAGUCCAGAUAUGGUACCGAUCGAUUGGAAUCCUGAAAAAGGCUAUCCUGCAAAUUUACCCCCAAAAUAUUAUCCACGGCCGGCCUACGGAACGGGCAUAGCAAUGGGCCUCUCCCUCAUCUUGAAUGCCGAAGUUGAUGAGUACUACUGUUCAUCGAGCAGUUCGGCCGGAUUCAAGAUAAAUCUGGCAAGUCCCGUGGUAAGAUCCCUAAUGAAAGAGGACGGUAUCAUCGUACCUUUGGGUGCGGAAACUAGUUUUCGUAUAGAUGCCCAAAUCACCGAAUCAUCACCGGCCAUUCGCUCGAUAAAUCGUCGCAGGCGUCAGUGUGUUUUCUUGGACGAAGAACCACUCGUCUUUUAUCGUUACUACACAAAGACACAUUGCGAAAAUGAAUGUCUGUCGAUCUACUUCAUCGAUAAAUGUGGAUGUAUCCCGUUUUAUUUACCCAUAAUUAGUCCGAAUGCCUCAAUAUGCAACAUGAGUCGCCAUUUCUGUAUUGAACAUGCCAAAUUGGCUCAUAAUCCGUUUGGAAGAUGUAUGUCACGCUGUCAGACUUCGUGUUUUGAAGUGAGAUUUUUACCGCACACAUUUUCAUCGCCUUUGGCCGUGCACAACUACACGGUAAAGAGCAACCUUUUGACUGGCUGGCCCAAGGAAGAGGUGCAACGUAAUAUAGCUGUGGUGCAUUUCUAUUUUCGUGAAUCUGUUAUACAUUCGGAGCUGAAAAAUGUCUACAUCGGGUUUACCGAGUUUUUGUCCAAUUCCGGUGGCAUUUUGGGUCUCUUUAUGGGUUUCAGUUUCAUCUCCGUUGCCGAGAUAGUCUACUUUUUGUUACUACGGCCCAUUUCCAAAUUUCUGCUACCAAAAAGAUAUCGCAAGUCUCCAUUGCUAAUACAUGUUCGUCCAGCUCCCAAUAAAUAUAAACAUUGGUUGCCUGGUGAAAUAUGCAGAAUUGGUACGAAAUCUUAUAAUGCUAAAAGAGAAGGAGGUAGACAGAAGACGAAGAGUUAUUCUAUGAAGAAAAAGAAGUUUUAUAAAUUUUGUUUUAUUUUUAAAUACUCUCACAAUAAAAUAUAUAUUUUUAAGGAAGACCUUAAAAUUUCUUUCAUAGAUCCAAAAGAAAAAUUCAAGGCCCUUGAGAAACCUUUCAAAUUAUUUUAAAUAUAUGAGGUUUAAAUAUAGAUAGCUUUAAAAGGCCAUUUAAAAUCCACAUUUCUAGACUUGGAAGAAUCCCUGAAAAUCCACUAUUACUGGCACUCUCCGCGAUUAUAGCCCUUAAAUAAGGUUUCAAGGUAUUAUUUUAAAAGGUAUUAUUUAAAAUC